CGUCCGGCUUUACUUCACACUACACGCCCCCUAGACCAGAAUUUGGCAAUCUAAAUUGUGACUUGUGGGUUUAAUUCCCUCAGAAUUUUAUACAAAGGAUGUUGACAGUGCACUGUACCAGGAUGGAUUUAAGAGAGCGGAAUUGCAUGUCUUUAUAAAUUGGCUAUAUCUGCUGCAGGGAACAUACCGGCGGAGGCAAACGCAAAUAAUUACUUCAUGCUGCAUAGUCAGCAGCCACAUAGAGUGCCGAAGUUUGAUGAAAACGUAUAUAAAACAAUAACUAACCUAACCCCUACGUUGUUCUGUAUCCGACAGGGGAUUCUUACUUUUUGUUUCCGCUGUAAACAACCUAUGUUGGAGUUAUGCGUGAUUUUAAACGUUUUAUUUCUACGGGUGAAACAGGACACUAGAAGAUAAGAAAACAUAGGGUGCAAUUCGAUCACAACUUGUGUCUUCUGCAGCUAAAGUAUCAGUGACUCUCUGUGAAAUCAUUGGGGUUCGACGAUAAGAACCCGUGCGCAGUGCCAAGAAACUUCAGCAUCGGGAGUCACAUCGCUGAGCAAAUGAUGCAGAGGAGACAGGGAUGAAAAACGGGUGAAGAAAAGGGAUUAAAAAUCUACUACAAUCUGCAUUAGAAAACAACUGCUUCCAUGGUGAUUCAUGAUCCCAAGAAGAAAACUCUCCCUAAUAAGCUUGGUCGACAAAGCGGAACGAAGCGCUCAAGUCACUAUGCGCUAGAUAGCGCUGAGCAUGUAAUUUUCACAUUUUAACAAGUCUUUUUAUGACUGAAUAUUUAUUAGCCUAAACAUUUCUACGUUUUCAUUAACAUUCGGUAUUCAGCAAUGGGCACAUUUUGCUGAGGGUUGUUCACUUUGGAUGAGAGAAACGGCAUGACUUUUGGAAUUUAAUAAGCUAUCAUUUGGAUGGUCAGUGGACAUUAGUAAACAUCUGGCAGUCAGUUUUGAUGCAUCCAAGUCUAUGAUUCGCCUCCCUUUUUGAAUGAUCCAUUAACACUAAGUCUAAAUAUAUUUUUAUUAAAGGAGAAAAGAAACAUGUUGCAUCUCCGUGCGCUACAAUCAAUCAUGGUACUUCUAGGGGUAGCAGACUGUCGAGUAUUGGAGGGAUUGCAGAGGUUUUCAUCCAUCCCCACCUACUUGCCUGUCAACUACCAAGUGAUCAACGCAGAGUCUGCUUUCUUCCUGAAAGAGGCCAACCAGGAGUUCAUGAGGAACUCCAGCCAGCUGUCGCGGACAGAGCCCUUCUUCAUCUACCAGGCCCGCAGCAUGCCCUCAGUAAACGCCAGCUAUGGCCCCCUCUCUGUGGAGCAGCCUGUCACCCUGGAGCUCAUCCAGAACCCUUGGGCCUUUGUGGCCUCCUCCAUGUUCACCUUCAACUGGAAGGUGCAGACUUUCAUCAUCCAGGACAGGAUCUACCUGUCCAACCCCAGGGUCCAGGUGCUGUUCUACGUGGCGGGCAGGGACUGGGAUGACUACAGCGCCAUCGACAAGCUGCCCUGCGUACGCAUGUUUGCCUUCCACGAGACCCAGGAGGUGCGUGGCACCUGCCAGCUGAAGGGGGAGCUGGGGCUGUGUGUGGCUGAGCUGGAGCCCCUGGCCGGCUGGUUCAGCCCCCCCAGCGUGGUGCCUGGGCGCCAGAGGACCAUAGAGCUGGCCGAGGGGACCACAGUGGAGCUCUACUACAUGUUACAGUCAACAGAGGCAGGGGAGUGCCACUCGGAGGAAGCCCGGAAAGGCAACUCCAUCCGCUCGGAUCAGGAGGGUCUAUUUGGCUCAUCCACCUCCACCCCAAUGAAGAGGAUCGGCAGUGUGCGUCUGUACCAGAGCCCUGCCGCCCUGGCCUUAACUGAACACAGGCUGGAUAGUAACUUCCUGGUCAUGGUGCCGACCACGCCCAUGAGGCAGAGGGACACUGUCUCCGCCUUCAUCACUGCCUCGGCCUUCUCUCCUGUGGAAAUGUUCACCCUAAGGGUCAAGUUGAAAGAGGGAAUGGCGUUUCUGGGUGCCCGGCCCAGCAACCCCACCCUGUGGAUGGUGAGCCAGGAUGUGAGGAGCGAGGGGCACCGGGUGGUCACCCUCCAUUGCCACAGGAAAGAGUCCAGCUACGGACAAAGGUCUGAGGAGGGUGUGCAGAGGGUCCUACAGGUGGACCUGGAGGUGGACAGCUUCCUGGGUCCACUAGGCAGCCGCUGGAUCACGUGGCAAGUGGAGUACCCGGGCAGCCGUGCCACCACGCAGGAGGCAGAGACAGAGAUCCGACUGGCCCAGAAGGACCUGGGGGGCAUUGUGCCCCUGGCCAUGGACACGGAGAUCCUGAAUACGGCCGUGCUGACAGGGAAGACUGUGGCUGUCCCAGUUAAGGUGGUGACCAUUGGAGCGGACGGCAUGGUCACUGACGUCUCAGAGGCAGUGGACUGUCAUUCCACAGAUGAAGAUGUGGUCAAGGUGUCAGACAGGUGUGACUACGUGUUUGUGAAUGGGAAGGAGAUGAAGGGCAAGGUGAGGAUGAUGGUGAACUUCACCUACAGCUACCUGAGUGCCCAGCUGGAGAUGAACGUGUGGAUCCCACGGCUGCCCCUCCAGAUCGAGGUGUCUGACACAGAGCUCAGCCAGAUCAAGGGAUGGAGGGUGCCCAUCAUGACCAGCAGCCAAAGGUCUGCACUGGACAGUGAUGAUGAGGAUGAUGAAGACCGGAGAGGAAGGAGCUGCACGUUACAGUACCAGAAUGCCAUGGUUCGAGUGUUGACACACUUUGUGGCCGAAGCUGCUGACCCCCGUGGUCAGCUGACCUUCAUGCUGGGCAGUGAUUGGCAGGUGGACAUCACUGGGCUGGUGUGGGACUUCCUGAAGGUGGAGGACCCCCAGAUAGCUCAGCUACAGGAUGGACGCAUACUAGUGGGACUGGACAUGGGGAUGACCACCAUCCAGGUCCUCUCCCCCCUGUCUGACUCCAUCCUGGCAGAGAAGACGGUGACGGUAGUGAACAACAAAGUGACCAUCACAGAGCUGGGAGUGCAGCUGGUCACCGGCCUGGCUCUGAACCUGCAGCUCAGCCCAGGAAGCAACAGGGCAAUCCUCGCCACGACAUCCACACAGGAAGUGCUGCAGAGCCCAAAACAGGAGGCCCUGAUCAGUGCGUGGCUGCACUUCAGUGAUGGCUCCAUGGCUCCUCUGGACCUGUACAACUCAGACUACUUUGUCCUGACGGCUACGUCUCUGGAUGAGGAGGUGGUGACGGUGCAGCAGGACCCCUCCUGGAAGUGGCCUGUGAUCGUGACCGAGGCUGAGGGCCAGGGCCUGCUGGUCAGGGUGGAGAUGACUGUCUGUGAGCUCUGCCAGAAGUUCAAGCGGCGCAGCGUUUUGGCUGCAGGGAACUGCAACGUCAAGGUGAAGUUUGGCCAGAGCGACAGUGGCACCUCGAGAAACAUUGACUACGGGCCAGAGGGCGAGGAGCUGGAGAACAGGUCCAGCGACCGCAGGCAGCAGUCUCCCUCCCAGGACAGGACUGGAUUAGAAGCCCACUACUACGGCAGCUCCAUCUCUGACAUGGAGGACGGUGUCAUGAGGAAGGUCACCACCACCACUAAGAGUACCAUCAUCAGAAGGCCCAAUGGAGACAAGCUGUCAGACGAUGGGAACCAGGUCCAGAACAUGCCAGACUUCCCUGCCCAGGUGGACCUCCCUCGCAGCCACAACAUGGAGGAUGAUCUGAUCCAGACAGCCCGGGGCCUCACUGACCUGGAGAUCGGCAUGUACGCCCUGCUGGGGGUCUUCUGCCUGGCCAUCCUGGUCUUCCUCAUCAACUGCAUCUCCUACACCCUCAAGUACCGCCACAAGGAGCUGUCCAUCGAGGGCCAGGAGAGCAUGAACCACGCCCACGACUGGGUGUGGCUGGGGAACGAGGCAGAGCUGCUGGAGAGCCACAUGAGCCUGUCCCCACAGCAGGACGAGCUCACCUCCAUGGUGGACUGCAGUGCCGGGCUGGAAGAGGGCAGCCACCUGCUCAACGGGGCCUCUUCCCAGAAGAACGUGCAGGGCCAGGUACACCGGGCAGCAGACAGGGUGAGCUGCACAACCAAGGACAGCAAAGGAGACUCGCCUACCACAAAGAGGAAGCGUGUGAAGUUCACCACGUUCACCACCAUCCCACCAGACAAUGGCUGCCCCACUGUCAGCACACUGAGCAUGAGCCACAGCCAGGACAUUAAGUGGGUGUGCCAAGAUGUAGAGCUGGGGGACUCCAAGGAGCUUCGGAACUACAUGGAGAGAUUAAAUGACAGUGCUUUAAAAGAGGUGGCGUAAUCUGUGUGCUCAGUGCACUUAUAACUCACCCUUAUGCCUUUCACAGUGAGCUGGGCCUGGACAGCACCUAAUGCUGAACCUAGAAGAGGUUGAAAUCUGGAAGCAACAUUUUUGUGAAUCACAUGGGACUGCCAAAGGGAAAAUUAAUUCAAGAGGACAAAAAUAGUAAUGAUACCACACAGGACUAAUGGCAAAUCGUUAACUUGAAAAGAAACAUAUAAUUUUUUGAUAAUUUGUUUAUUUCUGAAUAUCUUCCUACCUUUUAAUCAUUAUUUCGUGAUGGUUCUUUUGUAGGUAGACUCAAGCCAUGUUCCCAGACUAGCUCUGCAUUACUGACAAAACUACAAAAUGUUACGCAGAUGAUGACAUGUAGAUUUAAGAAUGUAAAUGAACAAAUAUUCAAGAUGUAUAUAAAGUACUCAUUGAAAGGUUUUGGAAGUUUUGUAGCAUUUUGAAUAUUGAUUUCCUAUUCCACAUCCUGUCGUUCUUUUGUUUUUUGAUAAAUGUCUGGGCCCCCAGGAUAGACCAGAGCCUACAGAACGUCCUGCAUGUGGUUUGAAAUAAAGGCACACAUUUUAGGUUCAUCUUUACCAGAAGACACAGAGAAACGGUUAUGUAUAUACUGAACAGUCCUCCUACAAGGCAUUGUAUUGUUGCUCUGUAUAUUGUAUUUUCAUAACUGUCAUUUAAAGAACAUACAACAGUGUAGAGGUGCGUGUCCACUUCAAUCCACCAACCACAUGGGAAUACAUUACACAUGCCAACAUGUAUUCCUUUUUGCUACCCACUAUCUUCAAUGACUGAAUGGAGAUUAGUGCUUUUCCAGGUUAUGUCUUCAUAUAAGCCACACAGCACAAACCUGGUCGUACCCUAAUAUGGUGUAGGAGUUGUAAUUGACUACAAAAAGGACCAGUAAUGGAAUAAUUUCACAAAUAUUACAUUUCCAUGGUAAAGAAAAAUGAAGCCACUGGAAGUCAUUUGCUGUUCUUCUAUUUUCAGAAUUUAGCCAAACAUACUUCAAUUAGAGUGAACUCAACAGUAUAUUUGACCAAUUCAUUCAACUUGGUAGCACAACAGCUAGAUUUGGAUAAAGGAUAAGGCUGGCACCAAUUAUUCUGCCAGCAACUAUUAUUGCUUCUCAAAUCAAAGUUUACUGGUCAUGUAAACAGUUUAGCAGAUGUUAAAGCAGGUGCAACGAAAUGCUUGUGUUCCUAUUCUCCUAACAGUGCAGUAAAAUGUCAAACAAGCACACAAUAAAAAAUAGAAACAAGAAAUCAAGAAUGUCAGAAUGAAUCCAAUUAACACUGAUGGUGAUUACUUUGAUUAAUGAUUGGAUUACAACUGAAAUUAAAUGACCAAUUAUGGUCUAAUUAACCCUUGUCUUGGAGCCUGCAGAAAUGCUCGGCUAGGACAAAGUGGAAUGGGAUUUCCACUCGCUCUUCUGAAAUGGAAAAUUCCCAUCAUGAACCCUAAUAAAUUAAUAAAAAGCCUACGAAAGUGGUGGGAGGAAAGAGGUUCAGAAAAAACAUUUAUGUUGGGAGUUACUUCAUAUAUGAGUCCGUUAGCUGACCAGAACAGUCAUAAUAUCAACUUGAGGUCAAUAAUCAAUGCUAGUUUGUGAGAUCAUGUUGCAAUAUCUGUUGCUGGGGAGUAGACGCUAGUCAGACAACGAGCAAACACUCCUCUAAAACAGACAGAUGAGCCAGCAAAUUACAGAAAUAUCCUUUAUACUGCUUCAUUAAAAGCGCUGCUAGUUGUGUCAGUGUCUACAAGGCCCAUUGAAUAUUUCCUGAAAGAUCCUGUGCACCACAGGAGGUUGGUGGCACCUUAAUUGGGGAGGACAGGCUCGUGGUAAUGGCUGUAGCAGAAUAACUGGAACCGUUUCAAAUACAUCAGACACGUGGUUUCCAUGUGUUUGAUGCCAUUCCAUUCGCUCUGUUCCGGCCCAUUAUUAUGAGCUGUCCUUCCUUCAGCAGCCUCCUGUGCUGUUCCUGAUAGGGACCCUCCUCAUUCCUUUAUUCCUUUAGUUCAAGUAGCUUGCCUACUUGAUUCCCUGCAGCUCCUCCGGUUCUUCUAUUGAUCUUACGCUUUAUGUUGAAUGAAAACACCAGAUUAAAUAAAGGCCUUACCUUACCAUCUC